UCUAAUAAUUAGUAAACUUCUUAAGAUGGAUCCUGACAACGACAACUCCAAAGAGAUCACCCAGGAAGAUGCCUGGGCCCUUAUCAAAGCGUAUUUCCAGCAGCACGGACUUGUUUCGCAGCAGAUCUCGUCUUUCGACAGAUUUUUAAGCUACACCAUUCAGGACAUCGUGGCUGAGAACUCGAUCAUGAGUAUUGUUCCUGAGAAGCAGUACGCCCCCGGCAGCAACGAGAACCAGGACCGAGACCUCAGGUACGAGAUCGAGCUGGGCCAAGUCAAAGUCAACGAGAAGCCCAGGUUCAAAGAGUAUGACGACAAGUAUAAUGUGAUUUUUCCGAACGAAGCCAGGCUAAGGAACCUGACCUACCAGACCUCAGUCUAUGUGGAAGUUACCAAGAGAGACAAAGUGACAAACUCCAAGGGAGUCGAAGAAGUUCUCGAGCAGAGCAAGGAAAAGGAAGUCUACAUAGGCAAAGUCCCAGUCAUGAUCAAAUCUGCAUUUUGAAGUCUCAACAGAAUUGAGAAUGAGUACGAAAUGAAAGAAUGCUUCUUCGACCAGGGCGGAUACUUCAUCAUCAACGGCAGUGAGAAAGUGCUCGUAGCUCAAGAGAGAAUGGCCAACAACUUUGUGUAUGUGUUUCAGAAAAAGCAGCCGUCUAAGUUCUCAUGGGUCGCUGAAAUCAGGUCACAAGUUGAUGCUUCUAACAGGCCUCCAAACCAAUUCUCAGUGAAACUUUAUUCAAAGGGCCAGAGAAGAGCAGGAGGAAGCUUCAGUGGUGGCAAAGUCUUCGGCCAAACGAUAUGUGCAACUGUCCACUACAUCAACCAAGACAUCCCAAUCGCCAUUUUGUUCAGAGCUCUCAACUGUAUCUCAGACAAAGAAAUUCUUGACAAAAUUUGAUACGACCAGAAGGACUCCCACAUGAUGGAAGCCAUGAGGGCCUCACUAGAAGAAGGAACUCCGUUCUUGAAGCAAGAAGACGCACUGAGUUGGAUCGGAAGCAGAGGUGCUGCUGGAGCUGUCUCAAGGGAAGAGAGAAUCAGACAUGCCAGAGACAUUUUGAAGAAGCACUUUCUUCCUCACAUUUCGACUGAAGACCACUGUGAGUCCCAGAAGGCUUACUUCGUUGGAUACAUGGUCCACCGCCUUCUCAGUGCUCAUCUCGGAAGAGCCACUGAAGAUGACAGAGAUCACUAUGGUAAGAAGAGACUCGACAUGGCAGGAGCUUUGCUCGGAAUGUUAUUUAGAAAUAUUUUCAGGAGGUAUGUCAAAGAAGCCGGAAGAGUUCUUAAAAACUGAGCUGACAGAGGUCAGCCGUUAAACAUCAGUAAGGCCUUCAAGAAAGAUGUCAUCACAGACGGCCUCAGGUAUGCACUGGCAACAGGCAACUGGGGGACCAAUGCUGCAGGAGAAGUGUCAAAAACUGGAGUAUCGCAAGUGCUCAACAGACUGACCUUUGCUUCGAGUUUGUCUCACCUUAGAAGACUAAACACACCUUUACAAAAAUCUGGAAAACUGACCAAGCCAAGACAGCUCCACAAUACUCACUGGGGAAUGAUCUGUCCUGCAGAAACACCAGAGGGACAGGCUUGUGGACUCGUCAAGAACCUCUCUCUGAUGGCUUUUGUUUCCGUUGGAUCCACAGCUGAAAGGCUCAAAGAAAUCCUCGAGAACUACGGAACUGAAAACUUGGUUUCCAUCGAACCAGAGAACAUACACAAUGCAACCAAGGUUUUUGUCAAUGGGUGUUGGAUCGGAAUACAUAACGACGCUGAAGACUUGAUCUCGAACAUCAGAGAAAUGAGAAGAAGCCUGUUUAUUCCCAAAGAAAUCUCCAUUGUCAGAGAUAUCACCAACCGAGAAAUCAAGUUCUACACAGACCAGGGUAGAGUGCAGAGGCCUCUCUUCAUUGUCAAGAACAACAAGGUCUUGCUUAAGAAAAGCCACGUUGAACGACUCCAGAGCACAAUCAAGUCGCAAGCAAUGGAUUUUAACGAAGCAUUGGCUGAAGGACUUGUUGAGUUCCUGGAUGUCGAGGAAGAAGAAACAUCAAUGAUUGCCAUGAAUGUUGAAGAUCUUCAGAACAGACAGUAUUGUAGCACCUACACUCACUGCGAGAUUCAUCCGUCAAUGAUCCUAGGAGUGUGAGCUUCAAUCAUUCCAUUCCCUGACCAUAACCAGUCUCCCAGAAACACAUACCAAAGUGCAAUGGGUAAGCAGGCCAUGGGAGUUUACACAAGCAACUACCAGCUAAGAAUGGACACUCUGGCCCAUGUGCUUUACUACCCUCAGAAGCCCUUGGUUAUUACCAGAGCGCUCGACUUCUUGCACUUCAAAGAACUUCCGUCUGGCUGCAAUGCCAUCGUUGCCAUUGCGUGCUACACAGGGUACAACCAAGAAGACUCCGUAAUUAUGAACCAGAGUGCUAUCGACAGAGGCUUCUUCAGGUCUGCCUAUUACAGGACUUACUGAGACACUGCCAAGAGCGGAGAACACUUCGAGAUUCCAGAUGUCACCGUCGUUGGCAGGAGACAUGGCGACUACACCAAACUCGACAUGGAUGGGCUUAUUUUCCCAGGCAAGAACGUACUCGGAGACGACAUCAUCAUUGGCAAAACUGCUUUACCUAGAAGAACCUUCGAAAGAGACAUGGAAUACGGAAAUGUAAUCAAAUAAAGACGACUCCACUGCUCUCAGACACUCAGAGAAAGGAAUUAUCGACUCUGUCAUUCUGACUUCGAACGAAGAUGGAGACAAUUUCACUAAAAUCAAAAUGAGAGCAAUCAGAAUCCCACAAAUUGGUGACAAGUUUGCUUCAAGACAUGGUCAAAAGGGAACCAUCGGAAUGACUUACAGACAAGAAGACAUGCCAUUUACUCAAGAAGGAAUCACCCCAGAUAUCAUUGUGAACCCGCAUGCCAUUCCAUCCAGAAUGACCAUUGGCCAUUUGGUUGAGUGUCUAGCAAGUAAGGUUGCAUGCUUCCAAGGUAAAGAAGGGGACGCUACUCCCUUCCAAGAUGUUACUGUCGAGCACAUUUCCAAUGAUCUUCACUCGCUCGGCUACCAGAAGAGAGGAAACGAAGUAAUGUACAACGGGUGGACUGGAAAGAGACUCGACACCAGAAUAUUCUUGGGCCCCACUUACUAUCAGAGACUCAAGCAUAUGGUUGAUGACAAGAUUCACGCGAGGUCUAGAGGCCCUCUCCAGAUUCUGACGAGACAGCCCACUGAAGGAAGGUCCAGACAUGGAGGACUCAGAUUCGGAGAAAUGGAGAGAGAUUGUAUGGUCUCACAUGGAGCAGCUAGGUUCCUUAAAGAAAGACUCUACGACGUUUCUGAUUGCUACAGCGUCCAUGUGUGUAGAGAGUGCGGACUCAUGGCUCAAGCAAAUGUAAGACAGCAGAAAUACCUCUGCAAGGGAUGCCAGAACAACACUGAUAUUUGUCAAGUGGGCUUGCCUUAUGCUUGUAAACUGUUGUUCCAGGAACUGAUGGCAAUGCAGAUCGCUCCAAGAAUGCUGACUAAUGACUAAGCAAUGGUGUGCUAGUCAUUUAGUUGAGUUCUACUAUUAAUGGCUACUUUA